AGCUAUGAAAAUGUCUUCAGUUUGCAAACAUUUCAAUCGAAGCCAAUCAACAAAACCGGAGCGCUCUCUCUCUCCUCUCUCUUAGUUUUGUUGUGUCAAUCUGAAUUUUCCCGGAAAGUUUGCGAUUGUCCACUAGGAUGUGGAGAAAUUUAGGAGCAUGAGGUUUUCCCGAGAAAAUUAUGAUGGGAGCUCCGUUGUGGGCCGACGAGGCUAAUGCUCCUUCGACCUCCACGUCGCGCAUUUCUCCGGCUAAUCCUCCGUCUAGGCGCAGAGUUGGCAAUGUAUUUCAACUGUUAGCUCGAAGAGAGGUUUCUCCUCAAACAACACAUUUAUCAAAGAGGUUAUGGGGAGAAACUUCCAAGUGCCACCUCAAUUUCGCUAGGCCAAGGUGUGAUGCUGCUAGGAAUGCUAGACAUGGUCUUGUCUCAUGGGUGGAGGCAGAGUCAUUAAGGCAUCUGUCUGCGAAAUAUUGUCCACUUUUGCCUCCUCCAAGGUCAACUAUAGCUGCAGCAUUCAGCCCUGAUGGGAAGACACUUGCCUCUACGCAUGGAGAUCAUACUGUAAAGAUUAUUGAUUGCCGAUCUGGGAGCUGCUUGAAGGUUUUGAGUGGUCACCGCAGGACCCCCUGGGUGGUUAGGUUCCAUCCGCUCUGUCCAGACCUACUUGCUAGUGGAAGUUUGGAUCAUGAAGUUCGUUUAUGGGAUGCAAAAACUGCAGAGUGUAUAGGAUCACGCGAUUUCUACCGCCCUAUUGCUUCUAUAGCUUUUCAUGCCCAAGGGGAUCUUCUUGCAGUAGCAUCAGGUCACAAGCUUUACAUAUGGCACUACAAUAGAAGAGGGGAGACAUCUUCUCCGGCCAUAGUACUAAGGACACGGCGUUCACUUCGGGCUGUCCAUUUCCACCCACAUGCUGCUCCCUUCCUUUUAACAGCUGAGGUCAAUGACAUUGAUUCAUCAGAUUCCUCGAUGACACUGGCAACUUCUCCAGGCUAUUUGCGCUAUCCUCCUCCUACUGUAUAUUUAGCAGAUGGUCAUCCUACUGAGCGUUCUACUUUUGCAGAUGGAGUGCCUCUUGCAUCGUUUCCAUUUCUGAUAUGGCCUUCAUUUGCUAGAGAUAAUGGGAGAGUAUCUGUGCAACGUACUGAAUCUGAUGUUGGUUCAAGCGGCGUCCAGCAAAGACUUGAUCCUUCUGCUUCAGUACGGCUUUUAACUUAUUCAACUCCAUCAGGACAGUAUGAACUUCUGCUAUCCCCUAUCGAACCUAAUGGCUCUUCGCCAGUCCCAGAAGAAACAGGAACUAAUCCUUUCUCGAGUGAGAUGGAAACCGAACUUUCUCAAUCUGCAAUUGAUACUGUAGAGCCUAUGGAAGUACAGGCUGAAGGGAGAACAAAUCCUGUUUUCCCUUUUGGUGACCCGACAUAUUGGGAGGUACCUUUCUUGCAAGGGUGGUUAAUGGGUCAGACCCAAGCUGGUCAACGUAAUAUGCAGCCCCUUAAUAGUGCUGCUAAUGAAAACGCUUCUGCACAAGGGGAGAUGGGAGCUAUUCCGAUGUUGUCCUCAGUUAUUCCAACCAGUCUUAGCCAAUCUAGGGUUACUGGACGAUCCAGUUCAAGACAUCGUUCUUCACGUUCUCGUGCAAUAUCUGUGACUGGUGUUAAUGAAGAUGCUGGUUUAAACAGUAGCAUGCAUGAUGAGGGUCAUGCUCAACCUGUUGGUAGAAUCCAAUCAGAACUUGCCACUUCACUUGCUGCAGCAGCAGCUGCAGAGUUACCAUGCACAGUCAAGCUUAGAAUAUGGCCUCAUGAUGUGAAAAAUCCAUGUGCGCCACUUGAUGCAGAAAGAUGUCGUUUAACAAUUCCCCAUGUUGUACUCUGUAGUGAAAUGGGUGCCCAUUUUUCACCUUGUGGAAGAUUUUUAGCAGCCUGUGUUGCAUGUGUGCUUCCCCAUUUGGAAGCCGAUCCUGGAUCACAGAGUCAGGUCAACCAUGAUGUUACAGGCAUAGCAACUUCCCCAACUCGACACCCACUUUCAGCGCAUCAGGUUGUCUACGAGCUUCGGAUAUAUUCUCUUGAGGAGGCAACUUUUGGCACAGUGCUUGCAUCACGGGCUAUAAGAGCUGCGCAUUGUUUAACAUCUAUCCAAUUCUCUCCAACAUCAGAGCAUUUAUUACUUGCUUAUGGCCGUCGUCACAGUUCACUCCUUAAAAGUGUCGUAAUUGAUGGAGAGGCAACAGUUCCUAUUUACACCAUUCUGGAGAUCUACAGAGUUUCUGAUAUGGAACUUGUGAGGAUUCUUCCAAGUGCAGAGGAUGAGGUCAACGUUGCUUGUUUUCAUCCUUCUGCUGGAGGUGGGCUUGUUUAUGGAACUAAGGAAGGAAAGCUACGGAUCCUCCAAUAUGAUCGUUCUCAUGGCACGAAUCAUACAUAUGGUUUUCUUGAUGAAAACAUGAUUCAGGUCCCUACUUAUGCUUUGGAAUGCUAGAAGUUGCCGUUAAAAUCUCCGUGAAUCAUGCCACACGGCUUAGCUGCAUUGGAACCCAAUUUAGCGGCUGGAUGAAAACAUUCGUUGAUCGGAGAAUUGUCAUUGCUUUGUCCCAGGAUGGGGUCAAGAAUGACCAUCCGGACGUGUUGUAGCUAGCUGUUGAGAUGUGCCAACAUUCGUCGUCUUCCACAUUGCAGUGAGCCCUGUUCCAGUCUGUUGUUCCUUCAACCCGCGGUCAAUGAUAUGUGCAGUACGAGUUGGUAAUUUCCCUUUGUUGUUUCACAAGAGUAUAAGCUAGACAAUUAGGAAAAUGAUCUAACUUGGAGUCAGAUCAGUUAGUUGAAGCAAAGGGUUGACUAGAAUGAUGUUAUAUUAUUAGUAUGUGCUCGUUCGGUUUCCUGUUUUAAGAUCGUUAAUAUGUAAUUGUUCCCUUUUGUUUUAGAAAUGUAAGUAAAUUUCAUUCAGUUUCCAAUACAAAUUAUCUUAAAGGAUUAUGGUCGAAAUGGUAACCAAGAGUUUUGUU